AAGGUCUUUCCCUUUAACGCAUGUCAGCCCAAAUCCACGGAAGCGGUUGGAACUGGGAAAGGAGGAGGUUAACUGGGUUUUGGCGCCGCCGCUGAGCCAAAGAAAUUUCUCCGACCAAAACAAACCUAAUCUGUAAUUUGUUUGUUUCAGAGUCGGAGAAUGAAGAGGACGAUGCCAUGGAGCGACAACGAGGACGACUCGUCGUCUGAUGAAUCAUCGUCAUCGUCAUCCGAAGCAAAUGAUGGGAAAAAAGCAAAGGGAUCUGCUUCCAAAGAAAAAGGGCCAUCCGAAGUGAAAUCCGGGAAGCGUAAGAGUGGUGCUAUAGAUUUCGAAGCGUUGAGGAAACAUGGGUUCAAAGGUGGACCAUCAGUCUUGGGUGUGCCAGCACCGGAAGAGCAAAAGAGCCAAGAUUGGUCUUGGUCUACCGGGAAGGAGAAACGGGAAGCCGCCAAAAACGACGUCGAAGAAUCUUACCAAGAAAGACGAAAAACAAGGGCUGCCAUUGCCGAAGGAGAACAACUAACCAACGUCCUAACCAGGAAAGAUAAGAAAAAUCUGUCUUUCUCGCAGAAGGAAAAGAGGAAAAGAGAACUUGGUCAGGCAAGCAGGGGGAAGAACUAUGUUGAAGAAGAGAAAAGGUUGUUGAGAGACAGCGGGAUCUACUCUGGUUUUGAUUCUUAGAUGGCCCAAGUGUUUUUGCUCUUUGUUAAAUGUUUUGUAUCUAAGAGAUUAUUAUGUUAUUAACCACUGUCAUGUGUAGUGUGAUUGCUUUUUAAGGAAUGCAUAGUUUUGCAAUGUACCAAUGUAAUCCUCGAUGAUUUCUUCCUUGCUUC